GGAUUCGCGACUAUUUAUGGCAGGGCACUGGCUGCGUAGCGCUCAGUUUUUGCUGCCAGUAUGUCCCGCCAAGUAGUAGCCACUCUCAUUGCUCUGGUCUGUGUGCUUUUGCCGUUGUCCUGGUGCAUGCCCAGCCAGGCAACGCAGCAGCAGCAGCAGGAGGCGACAGCGAUGACACGUCGCGAGAUCAUCAAGCAGUUUGUGGCCCGAGUGCAGGCACUGAUAAUCGAAUUGAUGGACAAGCUAAAGGCGCUCAAUGCCCUUGGCUAGCAGACACAAUGCGGAUAA